AUGGCACCCACUCGUCGAGUUGCAAUCAUCCAAUGGCGGAUCAAAGAGCUCGCUAUCGAAGAAAACCACGCCGCUGCGUGCGAGUAUAUCCGACAAGCAGCCUCAAAUGGCGCCGAACUCGCCGUUCUACCAGAAUACCAUCUAAGUGGCUGGGUCCCUACAGAUCCGCGCUGGGCAGAGCAAGCAGGCCAAUCAAAGACUUACCUAACUAGCUACCAAGCCCUCGCAAAAGAGCUCAAUAUUUGCCUGGUCCCUGGAACCAUCAUCGAGAAGCAUGCACGACCGAACGAAUCCACCCUUUUCUAUAAUACCGCAUACUUCAUCUCAAACGACGGCAGUAUCCUUGGAAACUACCGCAAGAAAAACAUCUGGCACCCUGAGCGUCCGCAUCUAACUUCAUCCGGACAGGAAAGCCAUGCAGCCAUUGACACGCCGAUCGGUCGGAUCGGAAUGCUGAUCUGCUGGGAUCUGGCUUUCCCUGAGGCAUUCCGUGAACUGAUUGCCGAUGGUGCGGAGAUUGUCAUUAUACCCACUUUCUGGACCCCACAUGACGCUUCUGACGAGGCGUUGAAGCGCAACCCUGCUUCCGAGGCUCUUUUUCUCUCUUCUACAUUGACGGCUCGUUGCUAUGAGAAUACUUGUGGUAUCAUUUUUGUUAAUGCUUCUGGCCCGGCGGAGGAUUUCUUGGGUAUGUCUCAGGUCACAUUGCCCAUUGUUGGCCCUGUGGCGAAGAUGGGUAAUGAGGAGGGUGUGCUUGUUGCAGAUAUGGAUUUGUCGUUGUUGGAUAUUGCUGAGGAGAACUAUAAGGUGCGAGAAGAUAUCAAGAGGGAAGGGUGGCAUUAUGUGUAUAGGCAUAGCUCGAGCCAGUAG